CCACCCGCCGCUCGCCACGCGAGCUAGGAGCCUAGGAGGAGGGGGAGAUCCGUCCACAUCGUCGCGCUUGCAUCCAUGGGGAGGUCGCCGUGCUGCGAGAAGGAGCACACCAACAAGGGCGCGUGGACCAAGGAGGAAGACGAGCGGCUGGUGUCUUACAUCCGCGCCCACGGCGAGGGGUGCUGGCGCUCGCUGCCCAAGGCCGCCGGUCUUCUCCGCUGCGGCAAGAGCUGCCGCCUCCGGUGGAUCAACUACCUCAGGCCUGACCUCAAGCGCGGCAACUUCACCGCCGACGAGGAUGACCUCAUCAUCAAGCUCCACAGCCUCCUCGGCAACAAGUGGUCGCUGAUCGCCGCGCGGCUGCCGGGGAGGACGGACAACGAGAUCAAGAACUACUGGAACACGCACAUCCGGCGGAAGCUGCUGGGGAGAGGGAUCGACCCCGUCACCCACCGCCCCGUCAACGCCGCCGCCGCCGCCACCAUCUCCUUCCAGCCCCAGGCGCCGCCGCCAACGUCGCCGGAAAAGGAGCAGCUCGACAAGCCGCCCAGAUGCCCCGACCUCAACCUCGACCUCUGCAUCAGCCCACCGUCCUCCCAGGAGUACGACGACGAAGACGACGACGUCAAGCCGGCCAAGAGGGCGCCGGAGCUGCAGCCCCGCCGCGGCGGCGGCCUCUGCUUCGGCUGCAGCAUCGGCCUCCAGAAGGAGUGCAACUGCAUCAGCAGAGGCAACAGCUUCCUCGGCCUCAGGGCUGGCAUGCUCGACUUCAGAAGCCUCCCCAUGAAAUAAUCCUGCAGAUCAAAUCACCCCAUGAUUUCUACUCCUCUCCUCUAAUCUUUUGGGUUCUUUGGUAGCUAGCUUUUGGUUAAUCCUUUU